AUGGCAAAAAGUCCGGGACUGGCUUGCUCAGCAGCCCAGCAGCGCUUGGGCCUCGGCCGGCACCUUUCCUUCCCCAGCUGCAGCGCUGCGGCGCACACGGCGAAGCAGGCCGGGGCCGACCUUGUCGGUGAAAUUGGCCUCCGUUCCACCCUCGACCCGGGUCUCACGGCACUAAUCACCACUAUUACCAUCGACCGACUCGCUGGUCGGCCGACGAAGUCGGUGCCGGCGGCAUACGGCGCAACUAUCUGCUGUCCCGGUUUCGUACGACGUUGUGUUUCAUGGAAGCGUCAAAUGUCAAUAAUUCGCCGCCAUCAUUCGGCGCCCGUGGCGAGUGACAAGUCCACAAAUGCCCACCCAGGCAGAACAACAACAAGAGGACAGGAUCUACCUACGGUAUCCAUAAUGGCCAACACCAAUACCGCAGUGCUUGACUACGCGGCACUCCCCAAAAUCGAGGAACAGAACAAAUGCAAGUACCUUACGCUAAGCCUUCCCCAACCCCCCCCAAUCAGCUUCUUCCCCCUCUUCUCCUCCUACAUCUACAACCUCGUCAACAACGCCGCCACCCUGCGCUACACCACCCUCGCCGUGCUGCGCGACUUUGCUGCCGACGGCGUCGUCUACCUCGAGCUGCGCACCACCCCGCGCGCCAUGCCUGCCGCGGGGUUGACCGAAGCCGGUUACGUCCAGACGAUCCUCGACGGCAUCGCCGAGUAUGAACGCGAGCCACCCCGGUCUGAGAACGGGGUGGGGUUGAGGACGAAACUGAUUCUUUCGAUCGACCGGCGCCACGCCCCUACGCAAGCGGCGCGGGUCCUGGCUCUAGCCAAGCAGUUCCUGGGCCGGGGCGUCGUGGGGAUAGACCUGUGCGGAGAACCCGCGACCCCCCUCGACCCAGAGCUGUCGCCGUCUCGAGAAGCGAAGCCCGGUCAGGCUGGCAUGACGCUGCACUUGCCGAGCCGAGUGCUCGCGAGUGACGCCGAGUUGGACACGCUGUUGGGGUGGCGGCCGGAUAGGAUCGGGCAUGUGAUCUGUGUCAGUGACCGCGUGAGGCGGGGGGAUUAUGGAGAGGCCUGGGAUCGGGUUGGAGCUGUGCCUCAGCUGGGCAUGCUAACGAGGAGAAGCCACUUCGUGGGAGUGGUGGAAGAUACAGGAGACGGUAGUGGCACUGAGCGGGUCUUCGAAAGCCCCCUAUCCAACGAGUAUGCUCUCGUGGCCCAGCACUUCGGGCUUGACAGGUCCCAAAUAUGUGCGUUGGUGAGAAGGGGGGUGGAUAUUAUCUUCGGAGGAGAAGAGGAGAAGAAGAGACUGCGGGAAAUUCUCUGGGUGGAGUAG